AAGGAGCUUAAUUUGACAGUUGACAAGUGUUUCUCGUUUCUCAAAUUUUUGGUGUAAAUUAUAAUAGAAAUUUUGAAAUUCUCAUUACUUCUUAAAAAAAGCACAUGUUUUCUUUAUAUAAUUCAUAUAAAUUAUGGGCAUAGAGGGUUCUGAGGUUAAAAAGUUAUACAUUCGUCUACCUAUAAAAAUUGCAGACGAAGUUGUAAUUAAGGAUUUGCAUCCAAAUAUUCUUAGAGUACACCUCCCGAGGCAGAAAAGUCGCCGUUGGUGUAUUGUUGAUUUUGAAAAUCAAGAUAAGUUGAAGGAAGCGGCAAUUAGUUUGAAAAAACAUAAAAUAAACAACAAAUCUAUCAAAAUCAAGCCUUAUAAACGGGGUAACAAACAAAAAAAAGUAGAUAAGCUUUCAGAGCAACAAACAACUCAGUCCUUAGAGAAUCUUCUAAAAAAGAAAUAAGGCAAUAUGCCUCCUCAAUUUUUAGGUAAUCCACUAGAGUUUUGGGAUAGUGAUUUAGAACCAAAUGGCGAAGAAGAAUGGGUUACUUUACCAACUGAUACAGUCGUGAUGGAAAUUGUUCCUCGUAAUAUAGCAAUAGACAUCGUACAGAGCGAUGACGAUACAGUUUGGUUGGACGAAGACGAUGAUUUCACCGAUUACAAUUCUAAUCCUCAUGAUAGUCCUGAUGAGGAUUAUAAUCCUGAUGACGAUUAUAAUGAUGUUUAUGAUUUUAAUGAUGACUAUGAUUAUAAUUCCAACCACGAUUCUGAAGCCGAUGAUGAGAUCUUUGAAGAAACGCAAGAUAUAAAUGUUCUCCAUGAACUUUAUGAUGAAUCCCAGAUGCCUGACAUUUGCGAUUUGUAUACUAACUAUGGCGUUGAUGAGAAUGAUUAUCAAAGUUUCGAUAUUGACGACUAUGUUACUUACGAGGAUAUGCCUAGCCCAAACCCUUCAAUUCUUAGUGACAGUAUCAAAUCAGCAGCAGAGACAAAUUUCAUCGAUGUCACAGAAGAUACUGAUACUGACUGAUUGUUAAAGUUUCUAAUAUAUUACUCUAUAUAUGUUAUCUUUAGUUCCGUUUUCCAUGUUACCUUUAAUUUUCCAAUAAAAUAAUAUUUCAUA